AAAAUCUGGGCGCCUCGCUCCCACUCGCUCACGAAACGCAGUGGCGAGGAGACGCGUGGGGGAAGACGACGAGGAGACGGUGACGGCGUGGAACACGGGCGACGAGAGGAGGCACGGGAGAAGACACGAGGGGAGGCGAUAGCGAGCGUCGGACAGCGGACGGCGAGCAGGCCCGAGGCGGACGGCAGCGAUGGUUCCCUGCGGCUGGCUCAUCCUCUUCACCUGCCUGGUGCCCCUCGCCUCGGCAGAGGUGGCGGAGUGCGUCACUUCGCCGCCGGGGUUCCAGGGCCAUCCGGUGUCGGCCUCCAUGGAGGAGUUCCUCAUCUCGUCGGGCUGCGAAGCCGGGGACUCCGCGGGCUCCCACUACUCGCCGAAGAUGCGGGCAGCGUGGGACACGCCGGGCACACGCAGCGUGCACGUCAUGAGCCUUGAGAGCGCCCCGGCAGACGGAGAGGUGACGGUUGACAUCAGCGGGGAGGGUGGGGCCAGAGACUCGCUCCGGCCAAUGACACUCGUCCUGGCGUCACCAGGUGACACCGCUUGGCGAAUCAAAACGGACGGCCUCGCCGGUCUGCUCGACUGCAUUGUCCACGCCUCGGAGAGCGUGCAUGUGCAGGGGGCGUGCGUGCGCGUGUUUGAGCCCAGCCCUGUGGGCUCGGGCAAGGCCUUGCUGGACUGGAGCGUCGGACAUAUUGGACCGGUCACGUCAUAUCGCCAUGCCGACCAGGCGAACCACUUCUACAUCCGGCUGAGUGCGGACCCCCCGCAGCUCGGCACGUGCUCCCCGCGGGACGGCUUCCUCUCGCAGCGCUUCCUCGUCUCGCUGGAGAAGAGGCAGGAGGUCAGCGGCUGUCAGAGGUCGCCCAGGCCCCACACAGCGCCCGACCUCCACCCCGGCCAGGAUGUCCACAUCGUGGAGGUGGAAGCACCAAGCAGCGGUCCUUUGACCGGCCUGCAGACGGACGUGCACGUGGAGGUGGACGUGGGGCCACUUGGGGGCCAGGUGAUGCGGGAGGUCGUCUUGCUGCUGUACUGCCCGAUGCCUGUCAACUGGGUGAUCCACAGCGCGGCUGGCCUGCCUCUGCUCACGGCACACACGUCUGGCCGCGUCACCCACAAGCAGCUAAUGACGGUGCAGCGUAUACAAGGAGAGGAGCUCAUGGGCCCCAACCGAGACCUCAUUGGCUGGGCUCGGAGGCGGGGCCUGUCGCCCGUGGCAACCUACACGUUGGUCGCUCAGGCCAACCACAUCCGCCUGACCAUCCCUGCAGACCUCGAAUCGGCAGAUGUGCAGGUUGACAGAGUGCCUCUCCUAAAGUUCCAACCUCAAAAAGGAUUUAACAGAAACCCUCCACCCUCACCUGACCUCGAUGACCACACCCACAGCCCCGAUGGAGAAGGAAUAAACAUCCCCGCCCACGCCUUCUCUGAUCUGGGAGAUGUCAGGCUGUUUCCGUCCCAGCACGGCAAGGAGAUCUCUCCGUUGGAUGAGAAAAUGCUAUCCUCGUUCCGCUUGGGGCAAGAUAUUCUGUGGCCGGUGAACCCGUCGGAGAGAGCCGGCUCUGACUCGGGAAACCCUCACAACCGUCCGCCGGGCCUGGGCAUGAAGCACGACAGCCACGGGGACGUGGUGCUGGAGAUGGAGGUGCAGAUGGGCGUGACCCUGCGCUGCCUGGAGACGAAGAUGAUCGUGAGCGUGUGGAAGGAAGCGUCCAUUCUGGUGGGCGGCACCCCGCUGCGCGUGACGCUCCUGGACGAGCGGUGCGUGGCGAUGGAGAAUGAGACGCACUUCGUGCUGCACACAGACUACCACAACUGCAGCUCCAACUUCACCCUCAUGGACGGCCUCAUCUCCUACUCCAACCAGAUCCAAAUCGUGAUUAAUCCGGGCCACGUGCCCGAGUCUGAGGGCGAAGGAAUCCUGCGAACCGUCAACCUCAACUGCCCCCUACCUUUUAAAAAUUCGCCACCAAACCCGCACGGCGCUCCAGGCCACAUAGGAAUCAAUGAACAGAUGGAGCCUGAAUUCUUGGACCGUUCCAUCUACUCGUUUGACCUGUUCAAGGACUCCGAGUUCGUGCAGCCCAUUACGGAUUUGGUAGAAACGGGAAGCGAUGUUUUUGUGAAGAUUUCCGCACAGAUUCCGGGAGCGCAGAUUUUUGCGCAAGCGUGCUUUGUCUCGGAUUCCCGAAAACCUGCCGUGGGGUCACCAGCUUUAUCAGAAUCUGAGGGACCUGCACAGCUACCCCCAGAGGCCGACUCGCUGAUUGCCAACUUCUGUCCUGUGAACUCACGCGUGGAGCUUCUGAGGGUCGCCCCGGCCGGUGAAGAGGCGAGUAUGAGGUUCCGGUUCCCGCUGUCCCCUCGCUCGGACGCGCGUCUCCAGUACCUGCACUGCAACGUGUCUGUGUGCUUGUCCAUGAUGGAGCUGCCACAGAUACAGUGCCCGGACGUGCCCGCGCGACCCUGCAUGAUCAACUUCCGCGGUCCGACCCUGCGACACGUCAUCGCAACCACCACCAGCCAGGAACAGCUGCACGGUAACGCUCUGCGUGGCGUCGACACGCCGUCGGUGCUAGGAGUGGCGUUUGGCGCAUUCCUCAUCGGCGCUCUCCUCACCGCUGCGCUCUGGCUCAUCCACAGCAGGACUGGCUCUUUAGCCAUCGCGACGCGCGCCGGCCCCGCCCCCGCCGCCGCGUCCGUCACGACCGCCCCGGAGGCGGCGCCCGCCCUGCUCCCCGGGGGAGACGCGACGCGCGACUCGGACCCGCUCCCCGGCUCGGAAAACAGCACCACCACGCAGAGCCUGAGCAGCUGUGCCGACAGCGACAAGUAGAGAGGCGCCUGCCCCCCGGGGGGGGGCAGGGGGGGGGCAGGCGCGGAAAGCCUGCCGGGGUUGCCGUCUCCUCGAUUCGAAAAUACGUGCAUGUAAUAUUCUCAAUAAGAAAAACAAGUGGGAAUGGAUAGCGCAAGAGGGGAAGAACUAGUAUACGCGUAAUCGCGUUGCCUUGAGCGGCGCGUCAUAACGCAGACGGCCAAAAACCGGGAUGUUUACAAAUUUCCCAGGAUGGCUACCUCGACAUGAGGAUGGACGAUCCUGAGGGAACCAGGAUAGAGGUGGCAACCCUAGCAGCAGUGGUGGGGAGGAGUGGGGGGGGGCAUUUAUCUGGCAAAACCAGUCCUGGCGUUGGAUCACGCGGAACAACUGAAAUACAAUGCUGGCUAAUUGUGGUUGAGAUUUGAGUUGGGGGCAGGCCCAGCUCCAGGAACGUGUAGCCAGCAAUGCUCCAGUCGAUGCCCGGUGCAGCCAACCCCGGUGAGAUGCUUGCGCUUCACCAAGGGCUCUGCCGGUUUCCAGUUCUGCGGAGUCCGUUCUGUCGCAAAGCCGAUUUCAAUCCAAAUUCGUUUGAGGAUUUUAACGAGAUGUGAAUCCAGUUGCUGUUUCCAUGUUAAUCAUCGUCAUCAUCGUCAUCACCGCCAUCAUCUUGAUCAACAUCGUCGAUGUGAUGGCCAUUGUGAGAAGCUGGUGGUGCCAUCAAAUCACCAGCAGAGUGGUUUGGAUUUUGCUGAAGCUUUGGAGGGUUAUGGCGUUGGCGUGAACUGAUAGGUUCACGUACAGCCUCGGGAGGGCCGUAGAGAAGGGGGUGGCAGGUGGGGAAGUUUUUUUUUCUUCCCAGGCCUGAAAAAAACCUUCUGGUGUCCACCCUAAGGCAGCCUUGAUGGCGGGGACCAGCCCUCUUAGUACGCAGAGGCGCAACGAGGGUAGUGGGCCGCCGUGAGUGAGAGCACCAACCUCUCUGCUUGGUCCCAUUCUCUCGUGACCGUCCGGAGCACUUGUCGCAUGGUAUCCGUCACCAUCCGGAGCACUUAUCUGCCAUUACAGCAAUGGUAGUUUCCCAUUGCCGGUCAGACCCACCAUGCUCUUCUCAGUCGACCGAUCUGAAACUGUUAUUUUAUUUUCCGUAUAUUUAUUGAAAUAUUGCGACAAACUGCGAUUGUUAUUACAUUUUCUACUUUUGAAGCAGUUUUUUUUUUUACCUGAAGAACAAUUAGGAACAGUUUUAAAUGUUAGUUCAAUGGAAACCUCUAGGAGAAAUCUGAUGAAGCUGCCAUAUUUUGCCCCGUUUGUCCAUAAGACCUAUCUGGUUUUUUUUUUUUAUGCUGUACAAUUUUCCACAAAAGCUUUCAAUGUUUAUGCCCUUUUGAAAUAGACCUCGUUUAUCACAACUUUAGAUAUAAUGGUCAUUCGAGUGUGGGGGGGUGGGGGGGGGUGGCGAGAGCCAAAUGAUGCCUGCUCGUUAUGCCAGUCAGGGGCCGACUCGACCCAUCAUCCCUCCCGGGGGGGUGGGGGGGGGGGUUGGUAAAUUAAGCACCACUUUGUGGGAAGUCAACAGAGGUCAGACGGGAAAGACUUGCCCCCCCUCCCCCGCCUGCUUUACUCAAACAUGCGGAAAUCCCACCGCUGGCUCGGGGCCGCCAGGAAGUGACAAGCCUACCAGCCCGUGCGCUCGUUGGGAGCUGGGAGAUGCUCUUUGACAUGGCUCUGGAGGGGAGCCACGGCCUCUUUGAUUCCUGGCUACAGGAGACUCGCUUCUGGGCCCCGUGUGUUGACGACAAAAUAAAAUAGUUCCCCACCAACCCCACCGUCCCACUUGGAAAACACAGCCAGCGAAUCACAGCCCUUUGCCGCACGCACGUGGUAAUUUCAGGCCUAGAGUGUGGCCUCCUUCCUCUGUGUGGUUCGGUACAGUUCAGCAUGACCGUAACGCGAUGUUGCUUUCAUCGGACGCGGUGUUUAGAAUGGUCCUGCAAGCUUAUGCCGCGGAACGUCAGCCAGAGCGAAAGGACAAUAUCUGCGGUCGGUUUAUGACCUCUUGUAAGCUCAAGGGUCGGGCAACCUGCGGCUCUAUACGGACUGCUCCGUGACGUAAUGUGUGUAGUACGUGUUCGCAUGCAUUGCGGCUUUGGAAAUAUUGAGUUUUGUACCGAAUUCGAAAAAUGCCUCUUCUUGUUACUUUGGUUCGCUGACCCCUGUGUUGGCACAAUCGUCGUGGAGAAAUAGGUCCGUUAAUAUUCAGUGGCGUUUGGACCAAUGACCCCUUAAAACUGCUAUCUGUGUCUCGCAGAACACCCCCUCCCCCCCCAUCCCCCAUUGUAGAAGAAAAUAUGGCAGUGGUAACUGUGGGAGUAGCAGUACAUUACCCCCCCUCUCUUUCCCGCGUGUCAACUUCUGCUCUUCAUUGACCAGAAUAUCGCUCUAGCCAGAUAAAGUCCUUGGGCUGCAUGUUUGUGAACGGAGGACAUAACGCGACAACACAUUUGGGUGCUCGCUUCUUUUGUUGCUAAAACUAAUUUGAUCCCUGGCAGCGUGGCAGACCACCGAUUCAACUCUCGAAUCGUGGCCAAUUGCUUCUCAGAUGGAGUGAGUUUGAAAUUCCCCAACGCGCGCAGACCUGCAUUGGCCUAAUAUGGCCGGCUUCCAGCAUGCAUUGUGCAUCGUGGCAUCGACGCAAUGCCAUGCCCCCCCCCCUCUACCUUUCAUUAAAAGCUACGGCGGUCUCUCCGCAGUUGAAGUCUCUAGGGCAGCACUCCCGAAAGCCACGUGACUGUAACUUUCACUUCUUUUGUUCCCUUUUUAACGAAGCUUCACACUUGUGUUGAACGGCAAGGACACGCAGUCGAGGUGUUAAAAAACGACAGCAUAACAGUUAGGUUUCUUUUGGGUUGCGUCGGUGAUGGUUUAGGCUCUAGGCAUGCACAUAUUACCGUAUUCCGAUAAUGAGUGGGCGCCCUUUCGCAUCGAAUCAUUGUGCAAACAUUGCCGCGUUUAGCCCUGACGAGGUGUUUGACAUCGAACCUCGUGUCCUGAAAUGUGUCCAUUUGUCCUGACACGUUCUUAUGCCCUGCCAUGCAUCUCUACGUCCCUUUGCUCUGCCGCGUGUCUCUACGUUUUAAAUUAAAUGUUGGCCCUGUUCUGUGACAAGUGUUCCCCUGUGCCCCACUAUAGGUCCCAAUAGUUUAGUGUGUUUCUAUGAAUAGAGUUGGCCAGUCGUCGAAGCUGAUUUUUAAAAUGACAA